AUGUCAUCUCCGUCAGAGAAAUCAUUCCAGCAACACGCAACCUCCGCCGAGAAGCAGCCAGGUCUUCAUCAACUACAAUCAAGUGGUGCAUGCACUAGCUGGACUCUCCAAGAACGAGUGGCACGCUCACCCUACCGCCCCGCAGCUCUCGUUGUGGUCGAGUUGUUCUUCAUAUCCACAUACGUAUAUAUCCUCUCAUUCGUCAUGUUGGACGAGAACGAACGAAAUAUGUACGUUGACUUCAUAAUUGCGCUCAUGUCACAGGGCGUGGAAAAAUUGUGGAAAAAAGUUCAGAAGCUGGCGGAUGAGAGUGACAUCCAGAGAUGA